UUAUCUUUACUACAAGCGUCACAUUUGCAGAAGUGUAGUAAACAACUUAGUGAUCAGAAUCCAUGUUUUUACAGUUCUUCAAAAAGGAGGCUGUUUAUACUCCAGAUUCGAUGUAAUUCAUAAUUGUUAUAAGCGACUGAUAAAUUGUAGAGGAGCAGGAGGAAGGUUACUGCCAGGAGCGACUCAGUCCAUCCUGCAGUGAACGCCCGUUGGCUGGCGAAAGUUCUUUCACUCUCGUCAGACUUCGUCCCUAGUACAGCUGGUGCUCCAUCCGUGAAGCCCACACAACCUUCAGCUUCAAAAAAGGUGUACCAAACUAAGAGGCCAUACACAGCAUCCCUCCAUCUGUGGUGAACUUCGUGGGAAACUCACUGGUGCGACCUUUCACUCCGGGGGCGCUCGUGGUCUCGAGUACUUGUAUGGUUGAGGACCUAGUGUGUCUACACGACCUCAAGGAAUCUUCCUACAUCGUGGGACUACAAGCUUGGACAUCGUGAUUCGUUGGUAUCACUAACCGCAAACUUAUAUUCUUGGCGUCGACCAAACUUAAAUGGCGGUGAAUAUUUUCAAGAAGUUUACAUGGCUGAGCAUUGUGCUUAUAAUAAUUCUUGGACUAGAGUCUGUUGUUUAUUACGUUGUUCAUAACGUCUCCCUCGACGACACGCCAGACUUUUCUACUUUUGAAAAAAACAGUGUAGACAUUUGCUCUACAUGGAGAGAGGAGACCGUCAAACGCGUCCUCACGAGGGUGCCAUGGUGGGGGCAUGCCUGUGAUAUGAAAAGUGACUGGGGAAGAAUAAGGUACAACUGCAAAAACAAAAGAGAAAUGGGAAACUGGCCUGUUUGCUUUGAUGAUAACCUUGUGCCUCAGAACAACUGUUUAGUGUACUCAUUUGGUAUUAACUAUGACUUUCGCUUUGAUGAUGCGAUGGCAGCCAUAGGAUGCACCGUCUACUCCUUUGAUCCCAGCAUGCUGGACACUGAUGACCACAAACGUGGGGACCGUGUUUUCUUCAAGAGAAUUGGCAUCAGCGAUAAGGACGACGACCGUUUUGUACCCAGAGUCGAUGAGUAUGUUGAAAAGCGUCCGGCGGUCAACGGUUGGCCGAUGAGACGUCUGCAGACAAUCCUUGACCUCCUGGGUCACAGAAAGGAGCAGCUGACCGUGCUUAAGAUGGACAUUGAGGGCUAUGAGUGGAAUGUCACUCGUGAUCUUCUUGACUCGGCGAUCUUGUCGUCCGUCCCGCAGUUUCUGGUGGAGUGGCACCUGUUUAAGGACUUUCCGCCUCGAGAACGAGUCCCUGAUGCCGUUGAAACGUACUUCCGGCUGAAUGACAUGGGCUUCCAGCUAUUCUCCACUAGCCUUCCCCGAUGUCGACUUUAUUCAGCGACCUCCUUGAGAAUGCUGGCAGAAGUAGCUUACCUUAACAAGAAAAGAAAUUAAUACCUCCAUCGUUUCUCACCAUUGCUUUAUCCCUAGCAGCUCAUAUUUGAAUUCUCACUAUGUUCUCUUUUAUUGGAACAAGCGUUAUGAUCAACAGUUUUAUGCAUCAUGCUUGUCUUUACACAGGUGUAGAUGACCGUACGUAACUUACACAUUGAAGUCAGUGAAUGGAAAGUCAAUCGUAAUUUUUAACCCAGUCCUUUUGUUUCCAUCUUUCCUGAGAUUUUUUCUAGUAACACCUGUUUACGGACUUCACAGGUCGUUAACGUGUAUAUGUUGUUGUUGUACAUCGGCUUCCCAUUUUUUGUCACUGGCAGUCGUGGAUUUCAUUCAGUGAUAUCUUCAAGAUUUACAUCUCUUAAAUCAUUAAAUCCUAUUUAUUA